AUGGCGGACACAACUCCUACCAUUGUUAAGAAGUCACAAUCUCAUCCAUAUGUUGAUGGCACGGGAGAGGCUUCUCUUUCCAUCAUUGCUACUCUUAUUGUGGGAAAGGAAGGGGACGAGAGGGUUCGUGAUGGUUAUCAUCCUAAAAACACAUCUACUUGUUGGACGAUAUCGGAUUCUCUCACAGAUCUAAACCGACUUGUUAGAAGGUCUAGUGGUUGUUUGCCUCUAGUCGGCUCUUCCGCUUCACAAGUCCUAGCUGUAACUUCGAUCCUGCCGGAGUGGAUGGUCAAGAGACAGAAAACGUGGCAAAUAUCGUCGUAUGUGAAGAUAACAGCAUGCAUAUGUAAUAGGGUCUUGAACGUGGUGGAAACAAGAAAGUCGAAAGUGACAGAGAUGAAAGAUGUAGAGAGCAGUCUCUAUCUUAAGCCGAGCCGAGCCGAGCAAGAAUUAGCCUGCAUGAAAGGAAGGGCUGUGAGCCCCCUCGUGAAGAGGCGGGAAUCUUUUCGCUAUACGGUUAUGGGACCCACUCCAAAGAAACUCUCUUCUACAGUUGACAACGCUCAACCACGCUAUCAUUAUUGCUCAUCUUGUAAUUCUAGCCGCGAUGUCAGAAUUACGAUUACUGGGGCAGUACAAAAAUCUUUGCUUGCCUAG